CUGUUGGUUAGAAACAACAACCUUUCUGACAAGAUUACAGUUCUGUUUGGAAAAAUUGAGGAGAUCUCCCUCCCUGAGAAUGUUGAUGUGGUGAUUUCUGAACCGAUGGGUUAUAUGCUGUUCAACGAAAGGAUGUUGGAAAGUUACCUCCAUUCCAAAAAAUGGUUGAAGUCAAAUGGAAUGAUGUUCCCAACAUUCAGUGACAUUCAUUUGGCUCCUUUUUCUGAUGAGCAGCUGUACAUGGAACACUACUCCAGAGCCAAUUUUUGGUACCAAGAAUGCUUUUAUGGGGUCAACCUGUCCAGUCUGCAUGGUGCAGCUGUGGCUGAGUACUUUCGACAACCUGUUGUGGAUACUUUUGAUGUGAGAAUUCUGAUGGCCCGGACAGUGAAGUACACCGUUAACUUCUUGGAAGCUGCUGAGGAAGAUUUGCAUAGAAUGGAAAUCCCUUUUGUUUUCCAAAUGAUACAGUCUGGACUAGUCCAUGGCCUGGCCUUCUGGUUUGAUGUGGCAUUUGUAGGAUCACUGGUUACUGUUUGGUUGUCCACUGCACCGACAGAACCUCUCACUCACUGGUACCAAGUACGCUGCCUUCUUCAGACGCCCCUUUUUGCUAAAGAGGGGGAAACUCUCUCAGGGAAAGUCUUACUUGUUGCCAAUAAGCGACAAAGUUAUGAUAUUCAGAUUGUGGCUAUGGUGGACCAGACAGGAUUUAAAUCUGAUAAUAUUCUUGAUUUAAAGAAUCCAUUUUUUAGCUUUGUGAGAAGUACUGAUAGUCCAAGCUAUAUAAAGAUGUAUUUUUGGUUUGUGUACCUAGCAAAUGAGGAAGACUAUAGAGUUACAGGCAUGGCAUUAACAUUUCAAGGAAGUGGAAAAACUAAACACCAUAAUCCUGCUUAUGCCAGUUCUAUUUUGCAAGUCACUGCCAAGUGCUUCCCAGGAAACAGGCAGGAUCUUAUUUAUGCUGGGCACUGGGCAAGCCGCGCUCGAGAAGAUGGCGGCAGGGCCGCUGGCCUGGCUGCAGGACCGGCGCAGGGGCACGCAGGAGGCAAGGACAGGAACAGGGAGAAAGGGACGGCGCCUUUUCUCCCAGCAGCUCGCCCUUCCCAGGGCUCCGGA